AUGCCCCUGCUGCCCAGCACUGUGGGCCUGGCAGGCCUGCUCUUCUGGGCUGGCCAGGCAGUGAACGCCUUGAUAAUGCCUAAUGCUACCCCAGCCCCGGGCACAGCUGUGCGGCUCCUGAGUGGCCUGGAGGUGCCCAGGUACCGCUGGAAGCGCCACAUCUCUGGGAGAGACAUGAAUGCCUUACUGGAUUAUCACAACCACAUCCGGGCCAGCGCGUACCCACCUGCCGCCAACAUGGAAUACAUGGUCUGGGACAAGCGGCUGGCCAGGGCUGCCGAGGCCUGGGCCACCCAGUGCAUCUGGGCACAUGGGCCUUCACAGCUGAUGAGAUACGUGGGCCAGAACCUCUCCAUCCAUUCUGGCCAGUACCGGUCCGUGGUGGAUCUCAUGAAGUCCUGGUCUGAGGAGAAGCGACAUUACUUGUUUCCGGCCCCGAGGGACUGUAACCCACACUGCCCCUGGCGCUGCAAUGGCCCCACCUGCUCCCAUUAUACCCAGAUGGUGUGGGCAUCCUCCAAUCGGCUGGGCUGCGCCAUCCACACAUGUAGUAGCAUCAGCGUCUGGGGCAACACCUGGCAUCGGGCGGCAUAUCUGGUCUGCAACUAUGCCAUUAAGGGCAACUGGAUUGGCGAGGCCCGGUACAAGGUGGGAAGGCCCUGCUCCGCCUGUCCCCCCAGUUACCAAGGCAGCUGCAAUAGCAACAUGUGCUUCAGGGGGCUGAAAUCCAACAAGCUCAUGUGGUUCUGAAUUUUCUCUGGGCUUUGGUGCGCCUCCAGCUGGGCCUGACCCUCCAAGUCCUGCCCUCAAAAAACUGGGUGGAGAAAUAAUUGUUUCUUUAAAGGAUAUGAGUUACAAUCACCCCCUAUUGAAUUUUUCCUCCUAGAUUUCCUUUCUUAAAUGUCCAAUAUGGGUCAAAAGAAAAUGACCUCCUUGCCUUCCUUCCUUCCUAGUUGCAUCUUUCUUUUCUUGGGCCUCCGGAAAAGAGCCCUGCAUCUUUCAUUAAUUCAGUUCUCAGAGAACCAAGGCUGGAAGGCAUAGAACUGGCACCUUAGGACCAGGCAUAAUGGCUCACACCUAUAAUCCCAGCAUUUUGGGAGGCUGAGGUGGGAGAAUCACUUGAGUCCUGGAGUUGGAGAACAGCCUGGAAAGCAUGGCAAUACCCCAUCUCUAUUUAGAAACAAACAAACAAACAAACAAAAAACCUGGCACCUCGGUUUUGUAACUCUCAGGCUUUGUCAAACCCAAAUGACUUUGUCCAUCCAAUGAAAGGAAUUCCACCGGGCAUGGCGGCUAACACCUGUAAUCCCAGCAUUUUGGAAGGCUGAGGCAGGUGGAUCACCUGAGGUCAACAGUUCGAGACCAGCCUGGCCAACACGGUGAGACUGUGUCUCUACUAAAUAUACAAAAAUUAGCCAGGAGUGGUGGCUCGCGCCUAUAAUCCCAGCUACUAGGGAGGCUGAGGCAGGAGAAUCGCUUGAACCUGGGAGGUGGAGGUUGCAGUGAGCAGAGAUCCAGCCACUGCACUCCAGCCUGGGGACAGAGCGAGACUGUCUCUAAAAAAAAAAAAAAAGAAAGAAAGGAAACCCACUUUCAUUCAUCCCAUAACAGUCAACCAGUUUCUGGGCAGCCUUUGAGGAAUUGUGAUUCGCUCCCUGAGUUGGGCACAUUUCAGGCCCAUGAUUUUAAAAAACAUUGAAAUUGGCUUGUGGACAUCCGCCCCCCACCCCCACUGCAUGGUAUUGGAGCCACGACAGAGUCCAGGACCCCCUUUUUACAGAUGGGUACGCUGAGGCUCAGAGCAGGGUGUAACUUACCCAGAAC